AUGACCAUCGCCGAUGAAAGGCCAAAGCCUCCUUCUCGUGCUCGGGGAGGUCUCCAGUUUGUCCAUUUAUCGAAUCCUGCGGAUGCCGCGGAGUUCAAGACGCUAGUUCGCUCGCACGCGGCAAGGAAUCCCCGCCGGCGCAAGAGGAACGUAGUCGAGCAUCAGGAGAAGUUGGCCAAGGAGGCAGCUCAGAAGAAAGCCGCCGUUCCUACUUCGUCGCUAUCCCGGCAGCGUAGGACUACCCGCAUCCCUCGAACGGGUGCUACGACAGCAGACCCUAGCCUAGUGGUAACGGGUCUAAGUACUAUAAGGAUCGAUCCUUUCAAUAGUUUCACUCGCCCGCUGAGCCGUCUCGAAUAUCAUCUGCUUGAUCACUUCCUCAACUCUGCAUUAGACUUAGUGAUCACUUGCAUGCCUUUCGACAAUGCCUCCGAGAAAGCCUCCUUUUCUCAGGGCAUGACGUCUUACCUCGUCCAAACAGCCGCCGCCGACGCCGGCAUGCUUUCAACCCUCCUCCUCGCUGCAUGCCAAAGCCUGGCCAACGUGCACCAUGAUGAAUCUUUCUCUACCUUGGCCUUGAAGUACAAAGGUCAAUGCAUCGCCUCCAUUAAUGACGCCCUUCGCCGCGAAGGAACCGCCGUCAGUGAUCUGACCCUUACUAAGACCCUCGCUCUUGCAGCCGAUGCGGCCAAGGGACCGUGA